AUGGCCGCGUUAACUGCGACCGCUCUGCUCGCCACACUCGCCGCUGUCAUCGCGCGCGCUAGUGCCAGUAGCGUACCGGACCUGUCAAGAUGCGAGGUAGCUGCGCGGACUGACGCAGGAUGGGUGUGCGGCGCACGCCGGCGUGCCGUCUCCGGCACAGAAUACGCCAGCUUCCUCGCUGUACCCUAUGCAAAGCAACCACUAGGAGAGCUCAGAUUUCAGGAGCUGCUUCCAGCGGAGCCAUGGCACGGCAUCCGGAACGCAACUAGUGAAGGUCCCGUGUGCCCCCAGACGGACGUGGUUUAUAUGCAGUUUCAGACGGCCAGCGGCGGCAUGAGCGAGGCGUGCAUCCAUGCAAAUGUAUACGUUCCUAUCGAAGCGGUGCCCGAUCCUUCCGAGACGCCCGAGAUAAAUUCAGGUCCCGGACGGCCGGUGCUCGUCUUCAUACACGGCGGAGGGUUCGCGUACGGUUCUGGAGACCCUGACCUCUAUGGCCCAGAGUAUCUCGUCAGCAAGGGUGUCAUAGUCAUAACUUUUAAUUACAGACUGAACGUGUUCGGUUUCCUGUCGCUGAACUCGUCGCAGGUGCCUGGUAACAUGGGGCUCCGGGACGGACUGUCCCUCCUGCGCUGGGUGCGCAGUAACGCUCGUGGGUUCGGCGGAGACCCACGCUCCGUCACCCUCGGCGGACAGAGUGCUGGUGCCGUCAUGGCGCACAUGCUCACGCUCACACCUGCGGCACACGGACUCAUACAUAGAACGAUCCUGAUGAGCGGCACCGCAUUCUCGGGUUUUAUUAGCACAUCACCAGUGUUCGCUACCACCAUAAACAGGCUCUUCUUGCCUAUGCUGGGGAUUGAUCCCACGCUCCCCGCCGACGAUAUACACCAUAGAUUAAUAGAAACACCCGUCGACAAGAUCAUGGCCGCCAACAAGAAACUGCUGGAUAUAUUCGGGCUAACGACAUUCGUACCUGUUGUUGAAUCCCCUCUGCCUGGGAUUCAGGCUGUUCUAGACAACGACCCCGAAGUCCUUGUAGAUUCCGGACGAGACUCGCGUGUGCCUCUAUUGAUUGGAUUCACAAAAGACGAAUGUGAUACAUUUCAGCACAGGUUACGGGAGAUAGAUAUAAUAGAGCAAGUAAAGAAUUUGCCUUCAUUGGCUGUGUCGUCUCGUUUGACGUUCAAAGCGGGUAAAAAAUUAUCGAUGAUCACGGAAGCUUUCCGCGCAAGAUACACCAACGCUACCGUCGAUUGGAACAGCUUCAUGCGGCUGUGCACGGACCAAUACUACAAGUACCCACCGUUAAAGCUCGCUUGGACGAGGUCGACAGCGUCGGCGUCGACUUUUCUAUACAGAUUUUCGUACGGCGGAUCACCGAGCAUAUGGAAGGUGCGCAGAGGGAUGCAACAAUCGGGUGCGAGCCACGUGGAGGACCUCACGUACGUGUUCCGCACCUCACAGCUGGGACCGCUCGCUGACGACGAACUAUCAGCGUAUGAUGACAAUGCACGCAUGAGGGACACCAUGACAGAUUUUGUGGUCAACUUUAUGAGAUACAGCCAUCCCCUGCCUGGUCCGGUGUUGUCACGGCGGUGGUCGCCGGUGAGGACGCCGCUGCACUACCAGGAGAUCGCCGACCCCCGACACAUAUACGCCGCAGCCCCUACACCUCACGAGACCAACGCUCUAACAUUCUUCGACCACCUCUACUCUAUUGUACAAAGAGAUAACACCAAUACGACAUUAUGA